CCACCUGCAGUGAGCGCUUUGAAACUCUGUGGUCUGAGGACAGAAAACCUUUACGGCUCUGGAGGAGGGGGAGGAGGAGGAGGAGGAGAGCUGCACCAGGAUGAUGCGUUCUCUGAGUGGAGGGGACAGAGAGAGCAGCACAAGCGGUCCUUGCAAACAGAUCAACAAGAAGAAGCCACCCAAGCACUGAAGGUGACUCUUAGUGAUGAGGGAGAGGGUGAAGACUGCAGCCUGACUGACAGCUGUGAAGAUGAGUUGAGGGAGAUCUGCAAUGAGGACUUCACUGAAAGGAUUUCUCUUGAUUCUUCUUACCAUUCCUGUCUCUCCCAGUGUUCCUCAGGUUCGUCACAGGCUCAGGAAGGUGCAGUGUUCUCCAACCCAAACCAUUGUCUAAUUCCAUCCCCUCCAAAAAGCCCUUCGCCUGCAUCUCUAACGGGGGUUGCAGCAAGGCCCUGGAAAACCAGGAACCACAGGGUAAGAUGCCUAAAAAUACCCAUCCAAGAGGAGAACGGGCAGAGGGCACAGCAAUGCCAGUCAAGGGCUCAUCAGGAAACUUCAGCCCAGGCUUUGGACAAGGACCUGGCUGUCCUGAGCCAGCACAGCGUGCCAGCCGCCUCCGAAUCCCGCAGGCAAUGCCAUCCUGCUGGGAGCAUCGGCCGGCAAAGGCUGAUUUCAGGACCAGCGACUGUUGGAUCAACAAACAUCAGGCCCAUCAUGGAUGAGAGCCCUCCCAGAGAGAUCAACCACCAGCAGCCAGAUGUCUGCUCAUUGCCAAAAACCUCAGAGAGGUUUGGACUGAUGAACACCGCUUGGCCCCUGACUGCCAGGGCUGUGCUGCAGUCAUUGCCGGACAGACCCACUGCCUCAACAACGUCCCAAAACAAAAGUCCUCAGUCCUAG